AUGCUAAUGAACCAGAUACUGGAAGGUAUAGAGAAAAUUGGAAAACGCCUUGGAGUCGAAUAUCGCCUCAAAUCUCCUGUAUCCUCGAUCAUUAUUUCAGAAGAUCAAUCAGCAAAAGGCGUUCUUCUCUCAUCUGGUGAGAAACUUGAGGCAGAUCUUGUGGUGGUCAACGCAGACCUGGUCUAUGCAUACAACCAUCUCCUUCCUGCAUCCAAAGAAGCACGCCGUCUAAGCAACCGCGAAGCAUCUUGCAGCAGCAUCUCCUUCUUCUGGUCUUUUGGCCGUGUGAUCAGCGAGUUAAAAGUACAUAAUAUAUUCCUUGCUGAGGAAUACAAGAACAGCUUUGACUCCAUCUUCAAGGAUCACCAAUUGCCAGACGAACCGUCCUUCUACGUGAAUGUCCCAAGCCGAAUUGAUCCUACAGCUGCCCCGAAGGGUAAGGAUGCAGUGGUUGUACUGGUGCCUACUGGCCAUAUGAUGGACAGCACUGAACCCCAAGACUGGGACACGCUCAUCAGCAAAGCAAGAGACACUGUAUUUGAUACAAUCGAAACACGAACUGGAGCUCGAGCACUUCGAGAAAGUCUAAUCCACGAGUACGUCGAGACACCGGCAAGCUGGAAGGAAAAGUUCAACCUCGAUCGAGGCUCUAUUCUAGGGCUUUCACAUUCAUUCUUCAAUGUGCUGAGUCUCCGUCCAAAGACUAAGCAUUCUUCCAUCAAGGGACUUUACUUUGUGGGGGCAAGCACGCAUCCUGGCACAGGAGUUCCAGUGUGUCUUGCGGGGAGUAAACUGAGAAAUGCCACAAUUGAUACCCUACGGAGUAGCGUCUUCUCUCUGAACGAUAAACAUAAUUUCCUAUUCAAGGUCUAG